AUGUGCCAACGAUACCACAUAACAUACAGCUGCUACCCUCAAUGCAAGACUGGAAAAAAAGAUCCUCUGCAAUUAGUCCGUUGUGAAUUAUUCCGCGAUACGAAAAAUUUACCAUGGGAUAAUGAUAGAUGUAGUGAUGAAAACGGUGGGAAUGGUAGAAGGAUUUCACUUCAGAGGUUGAGAUUGAGACAUCGCUGUUCUAGCUGUGUUACGAAAGCAGUGGCUGCGAGAGUGAUGGAGAGAAAUGAGAGAGAGGAAAGAGAGAGGAAUGCGGAGAGGAGAGGAGAGAGGGGUGAUGUUUUGAGACAAUUACGAUUGGAGGAAGAUGAGGAGGAAGAGGUGACUCCUAAAGUUAGUCAGUAUCAAUUCGCUAGCGCUAAUUUCCCUGUGUGUGGUCAUGAUCCUGGUGGAAAAGUGAAUUUUGAUGUAGAAGCAGACUUGACAGCAAAGAUGGAAGACGAAUUGAAAGCCGGAGCAAGUUCCGAAUACAUCGCUCAUAGACCUGCUUCUGCACCUGCUACUCCUCCUUUGUCCCUAAUGCCCAUGUUGUUGAGUGACACUCUAAAGAUGGAAGAAGGGCCUCCGGAAUUCCUUGCCGACAGUGAUGGGGACUUUGGUUUGGGCAUUUAUUUCUAG